AUGUCUACUUAUUCUGAUAAUUCGUUCAACACUAGUCAUUACAACUUGGCUAGACCAAGUUACCCUGAUGAAUUUUACAAAACGUUAAUGGAGUAUCAUGACUCGAAGGGAAAAGCCCGAGGAUUAGCAGUUGAUAUUGGUUGCGGUUCUGGGUUUGUUACUUUCAAGUUGGGGAAAUAUUUCCAAAAAGUGGUGGGUACCGAUAUUUCCGAGAAAAUGAUUCAACAAUGCAAAGAACAGAAUGAGAGUGAUGGAGUUUCUUUCUGUGUGGCUUCUGCAGAAGAGUCACCAAAGGAGAUCUUGGCCGGUACCGUGGAUCUCUUGACUGGUGCAGAGUGUUGUCAUUGGGUAGAUCAUCCCAAGUUCUUUGCCGAGUCAUACAGAGUUUUGCAGCCAGGAGGAACCCUUGCCUAUUGGUUCUAUAAGGACCCAAUCUUUGUCGGGAACCCAGUAGCCAAUGAAAUAUAUGAGAGAUAUUGUUAUGGAUCGGAUUCUAGCGAGGGCUACGAGAAAUACAUGGGACCAGUCUGGCAACAACCAGGACGGGAUUAUUUAAGAACUCUUUUGAAGGAGAUCAUAGUACCAGAAUCUCAAUUUAAAGAUGUGAUUAGACACGAAUUCCAUGCUGAGGAAGAUCAAAAGUCUGACACAACCUUGUACAUUUCUCGUCGUGCUACUUUGAAAGACCUUUUGGGAUAUACAAAGAGUUGGUCUGCCUACCACACUUGGAUGAAGCUCUACGGAGCUGACCACAAGGACGUGGCAGAGAGGUUUGUGGAUGAAUUGAGGGAAGCUAUGGGAUGGUCAGAUGAUUACGAGUUUGAGCUUGUUUGGGAUACUGUUUAUACAUUUGCCACAAAGAGAUAG